CGCCGGGGGGCGGCCGCGGGGGCCCGCCCGGGGCCUGGGGCCGCUGCGCCGCCGCCACCAGCAGGCUCCUGAACAUGGCGGCGGCGGCGGCGGCGGCGGCGGCGGCGGCGGCGGCGGGGAGGCGGGGACGGAGCCGGACCCCACGGCGCGCUGCCGCGUCAUAGCCCUGCGACGGGACGGCACCGGGACCGGACGGGACGGGACGGGACCAGGCCAUGUGCGAGGCAGCGGGGGACGAUGGCGGCUGCGGCGCGGACGUGGGGCCGGCGCGGCGCCGCCGGGGCGCGGGGCGCAGCUACCCGCGGACAUGCAUGAAGUGCGGGCAGGGCUCUGCCGCCCUCGUCAUCCGCGUCGGGGACCCCUUCUGCCGCAACUGCUUCCGUGAGUACUUCAUGCACAAGUUCCGCGCGAUGCUGGGCAAGAACCGCAUCAUCUUCCCAGGAGAGAAGGUGCUGCUGGCGCUGUCGGGGGGACCAGUCUCCAGCGCCAUGCUCCGACAGGUCCAAGAGGGGCUCAGCCGGGAGACAGCCAAGAAGCUCCGCUUCAUCCCCAGUGUCGUCUACGUUGAUGAGGGAGCAGUGCGCGGGCAGAGCCUGGCACAGCGGGAGCAGAGCCUGGCCCGCAUGGAGACCCUGCUGCAAGCAACCGGCUUCCCCUACUACCUGAUGCACUUGGAACAGGCGCUGGAGCUGCCUGCAUCCAUCCUACGCCCGGGGCCGGUGACAUCCAGUGAGCCCGGCCUGUCCUAUAAGGAGGCUGUGGAGGGCUUCAUCCAGCAGCAGCGGCAGAAGGGGAAUGGGGACAAGGACAGUGGCACCUCGCUGCCUGGCCCUGGCAGCGGGGACUCAGCAGAGGGUCCCCUGGCUGCCUCCCGCCUGCCUGCUGCUGCCCUCACCCAGGAGCUGCUGAAGCUCUUUGAAGCCGUGGAGACACCAACAGCAAAAGAGGAGCUGCUGCAGAUGCUGCGGAUCCACCUCAUCCUGCAGACAGCCCGGACCAAGGGCUACACCAAGGUGAUGACAGGCGAGAGCUGUACCCGUGUGGCCAUCAAGCUCCUCACCAACCUGGCGCUGGGUCGUGGUGCUUUCCUCGCCAUCGACACAGGCUUCAAGGACAACCGGCACGGCGACGUGAUGGUGGUGCGUCCCAUGCGGGAGUACAUGGCCAAGGAGAUCGCCUUCUACAACCACUUCUUCGAUGUCCCCACCGUCAUUGCGCCACCGCUCCCCACCAAGCGCCGGGAUAAGCCCAGCAUUCACCGUGUGGUAGAGCGCUUCCUCCUGGGGCUGCAGGAGGAUUUCCCCUCCACCAUCAGCACCAUCUACCGGACGGGUGAGAAGCUGAGCUCAGAUCGAGCCAAGGCGACCUGCGAGUCCCAGCGCUGCCUGCUCUGCCUGUGUGCCCUGGACCUCGAUGGGGAGGAGGAGCUGGCCCUGGAGCCCACCCUGAUCAUGGAUGAGCUGGAGCUGGAGAGGAAUGGGUGCUGCCAGGACCCCCCAGCAGCGGGGGCCGAGCGCAAAUCUGCCUACAUCCCGCUGCUGUGCUACAGCUGCCGCCUCACCUUCAAGGAGCUGGGUCCUGUCACCACGCUGCCGCCCUAUGUGCGUGCCGAGGCCCAGCGCAGGAUCCACAGGUAAUGGAGAUGGGAGGGAUCCCUUUCCUGCUGUCUCAGCACCCUCCUGAUGCCCCAUCCAUCCAUCCACCCAUCCACCUAUCCAUCCAUCCAUCCUUCCAUCCAUCCAUCCCACCCAUCCACC